AUGAGAACUUCUCCCGGUUGUAUUGAAUUGCUACUCUUCGUUUCCCUCUCUCCAGAAGGGUCAUAUAUCGCCUGGGCUUCCGCGCAGUACACCAUAUACAUACAGAACUCGGACGCGGUCACGGGGGAGGAAACACAAGAGUCGAAGUCUUUCGAAGGGCACAGCGGUGCCGUUACAGGCGUCUCGGUCUCUCGCGACGGAGAGCGCGUCGCCUUAUGCUCACGCGACGAGACAGUCCGGCUCUGGGACAUGCGGACAGGCGAACAGUCCGGGACACCGCUUCUGGGGCAUAAGGGGCCGGUGUCCUGCGUUGCCUUCUCGCCCGACGGCAAGCACAUUGUCUCUGGCUCGCACGACCGCACGCUCCGACUCUGGGACGCCCGCACGGGCCGGGCCGUCGGCGAACCUUGGCGAGCCCACACUGAUUGGGUUCGGGCCGUCGCGUUUUCGCCCACCGGAAAAGGCGUCGUCUCCGGAUCCGACGACAAAUCUGUCCGUAUCUGGGACGUGGACACGGGGAAAGUCGUCAAAGAGUCGUUGCAGGCCCACCAUCACCACGUCCGCGCCGUCUCCUAUUCCAACGAUGGCGAACGUGUCGCGUCCGGGUCUGGAGAUGGCACGGCACGGGUCUGGAACGCUCGGGCGGUGAAGGCGGUCCUGGGCCCCUUGCAGGGGCACGAAGGCACGGUGGGCUCCGUGGCAUUUUCCCCGGACGGAAGGUACAUCGUCACGGGCUCGGACGACCGUACGAUCUGGAUAUGGGAUGCGCGCACGGGAAAGGCUGUAGUUCCGCGACUGGGAAGGCAUGAAGGUCGCGUCCAGUCCAUCGUGUUCUCUCCCGACGGAAAGCGCGUCAUCUCCGGAGGCGAUGACGGCCUAGUCAAAGUAUGGGAUGCGGAGAUAGAUUAGCUUACUUGUCGCAACCCUUUGCGUGGAAUAAUGCGUUAUCACGCGGGUUUGUUCGUAAAGGGAUCGACGCCCC